GAUGUCCCCAGCAGGUAACGCUGCCCCAGUUGAGCCUGGACAAGUGGCCAUGGCUGCAAAAAUGUUUCUUUUUGUGCUUUUGCAAACCCUCAUCCAGUACCCACAGAUGGUGGGUGAUGGUCUGGAUGAGGUCACCCGUGUGCGCAUGGAGCUGCGUGCAGAGCUCCUGGACAGAGAGAUGACUCGGCUGCUGCAGGAGCUGGAGCAGAGCAGCCUGGAGCGCAGUGUCAGGGCCUGGGGAGCCCUGCUCUGGGCUGCCUUGCAACAGGGGGACUUCUGGACUCUGGCUGGACUCCUGGGCCUUCUCUUGUGGCUGUGGUUUAUCCACAGCAGAAGGAGCCGGCAGCCAGCGAACAAUGGCCGGGAGGAGGAGGAGGAGGAAGGAGAUAAUGUUGUGAUUGUGCAGCAAGAAGACAAUGAGGAUAGGAAUGAAGUCAGAAAUGUUGGUGAAAAUGAAGAAGAAGCCGGCAAUGAUGGUGCCAUUGCAGAAAAUGGCAAUGAUGAUGGAAAUGCAGUGGAAGAAGAAGAUGAUGCUGAAAAUGACAUUGGAAGGAUUUUAGAGGGGCAAAUACAGUGGCCUAUUCAGGACCUGGAAAGAGGUUGCGAGAUGACAUCUGACAUAAUGGACAUUUUCAUAUCUGUCUUUGGACACCUCUUGUUAAACAGUUCAUACCCAGUACUGCAACGAGCCAUCGGGGUGGGCAGUGCCUUUGAAGGCUGGAGUCCCCGGGAGGAGGAUGUGGUGUACCGUGUCCUUGUACCCCUCACUUCUCCUCCGGGGCACACCUUCCAUCUGGAGAUGGACACUUCAGGGCACAUACCCGGCAGGAACUUCUUCAUCCGUGUGGAGCCAGUGUGCACCUGCCCAAGGGAGCAGCAGGAUGAGAACGUGCUGUGCUCCCUCCACCACCCAGAAGAAGAGCAGAGGAGGAAUGAGGAGCCCAACUUCCUAAACACCCUCUGCACCGGCUCCUACCUGGAUGUGGAAAAAACUGCCCGCUGGUUCUACCAGUUGGUGAGAGCGGCCUGGGUGAUUUUGCCUCACUCCCAAAGUUGGCAACUAGUGUUGCUGCCCUCCAGCCGCUGCUGCAAAUUCAAGGUGACCAGAGGCACACAAAGGUUCACGGUUGAGAUCCUUUUUGGGGUGCAGCAAGGAGUCUCAGAUAUCUAUGUGAGCAGCCAGCCUACAGAGGCCCUCUUCACCCCAAGCACAAUGUGGCCUGAGACCUACGCCGUGGCAGAGAUGAAGUUCUUCAGGCACAUUGCCAAGCAGGCUCCACCUGACAGCUGGCACCUCAAAUGCCUGCAGGUCUUGGCCCGUGCUGUGGUGGGCAUUGGCUUCUCUACUUAUAUGAUGAAGACCAUUGUGAUGCACCUCCUGAACACCAUACCCAUGUCACGGUGGGGCAGCAGGUAUAUUCUGCUUCAGUUGGAGGAUAGCAUAGAGUACCUGCGUUUCUCCUUACUGGAGAAACGCCUUGACCACUUUAUUGUGGGCAACCAGAGGGUUCCUGAGGUGAUCAGCUUGCCCCCGGAAGUCCAAACGGCCGAGCCCCUCAACCUCUUCUAUCACCUGGCGCAGAAUCCGGUCGCCCACACCCAGGCAAUAAGCGAGUACCGUAAUCUGCGAUACCGGCUCAAAAUAAUGUUGCUAGAAGGCCACUGAAAGAAGUCUUCCUUCACACAGCUGUGCUUGGGGGGCUCACAGCUGGUCCAAGACAACCACUUCAAACCACAGGAAAAAAGAGAGGAGGAUGUGGACAGAGAGAGGGAAGGGAAAACCCUGUGCAGCAGCGCUCUGCCAUCAGCAUUCCCCUCUCAGCAGUCUGCCCUGCACAGCAUCCAGUGAUGAUCAGGGGGGCUACAAAGAUGACUUUCAUCCUCCUUUCCCCUCACACUCUCAUGGCCAUUGUGACCAUUUUAGAUAGGCCCAGGAAUUCUUUCUGGCAGCUCCAGCUGCUCAGGGAUCAAGUGAGAGGCAUCGCUUAUAUUCCUAACCUGUAUCUCUCCUUGUUCCCUGAAGGGACAUCAUUUUGCCUACUCUUUUGGUCCUGACCAGAAAUCUUUCAUAUAUAAAUAUAUAUUUUUAUUUAAUAUAGAGAUUUUAAUUAAUACAACAUAGAAAAAUAUAUUUAUUAUAGUGCACAUACAUAUAAUUUAUUUAAAUAAUAAUUUUUAAUAUAUAAAUACAGCACAGAUAAAUCUCUCACAGUGUCUCCUAUUGUGCCCUUAUGGAACACCUUUAGGUCAGCAUUGCACCAAGACUAUCUUUCUCAGACUGUGUUUUAGCUGACCUUAAUUUUUUUACAUAUAAAUAUAUUAUUUUUAAUCUUUAUAUCUUUUUAUAACAUAUCUAUUUAUAAUAUGUAUAAUAUAUAUUUUAGGUAAUUUAUUCUAUAUAAUACUAUUUUUUAUAUAAAUGUAGCACCAAUAGUUCUCUCCUCAUUAUUCCCGUUGCAUAUUAACUCCCUGUAGUCACUGCAUUUAGGGCUGGCAGUCUAGAAACUGCUUUCCCCUUGCUUCAAUAAAGAAAGCUAUUCCAGAAUCUGGAUCGUGCAAGUUUGUGUGGAACACAACCAGGCCCAGAGGCUUGGUAAAUCACACCAGUUGUGAGUCUGUGCUCGUGAACAGUCGCAUUGAGCUCGGCCAAACUGAGAGUGCUGAAUGGCUUCUCAUCCCAAAUUAGGCCUCCUGCCACCCGGCCUCUCUGCUCAUCGAAUCACAGAAUGCUUUGGGCUGGAAGGGACCUUAAAAUUCAUCUGCUUCCAACC